GGGUUGUACCGCCACCCUGGGCCGCGGCCUACGCACCGGCCCCCAGAGGUUGCAGGAGCUUGCGAAGGCGGCGGCCACGAAGGAGGCGGAGAACCAGAGCGCGACCGACCUGAGCCCUUUAAUCCUGCAGAGGAACUCCAUGAGGUGGGAUGGAAAGGUCUAUGAAGAGAUCCCAAUAGCUCACAUCAAAGCUACAUAUAACAACACCCACAUCCAAGUGGUCAGCUUUGACAACCAGCCGUUUGCCCGUACGUCCUGUGGCACUGAAGGCUUCCAAAAUGCCAAGAAGGGAACUGCCAUCGCGGCACAGACCGCAGCCAUUGCAGCAGCAGUGAAAGCACGCGGAAAGGGUGUGUUACACGUACGAGUCAUGGUGAAAGGACUGGGACCAGGACGCAAAGCUGCCAUCAAGGGUUUGACUAUGGGAGGUUUGGAGGUCAUCUCCAUCACCGACAACACCCCGGUUCCACACAACGGCUGCCGCCCACGGAAAGCCAGACGAAUGUGAGAGGGGAGUGCAAGAGACACACAGCAUUCAACAUCAGUUCAUGCAACAGGGACUGGGUUGAAUGUUGUUCCUGUGACAGACUCUGGAAAGCCAUCCUCCCUGGAAACACUUGUUGAGGGAGGCUUGAAGAAGAGAGACCAUCCUGGCCUUAAAAGCCCAGGUGGUAGAAGCUGGUGUAGAAGCAGGAAUAUGUGUCCUCCCUUAGUGGGAAGCCUCUUGUGUACAAAGUUUGUUGAUUA